AAUUAAUUUUAAGUUUAGUGUUCACAGUACGAAACGUUUAGUGCAACAUACUCUACAAGCUAUAAAUCACGUUUUGUACGUAACAUUACUUACACCGAAAUAAUUAUUCCUUUGCACACUGAAGUUAAACUACAAAGUUAUAAGAAAUUUUUAUUAACAUGGCCUCAGUUAACACUCCCAGAGUGCUGUCCAUCCAAAGUCACGUAGUUCAUGGUUACGUGGGAAACAAAAGUGCGAUUUUUCCGCUUCAAGUGUUAGGUUUUGAAGUGGACUCUAUAAAUACCGUUCAAUUUUCAACACAUACAGGAUAUAAGCAUAUAAAGGGUACCAUCCUUCAAAAUGAAGAGAUGGCAGAAUUAAUUGAGGGCCUCACAUUGAACGAAGUAGACUAUUACACGCAUUUUCUUACUGGCUAUUCUAGAUCUCCUGAUUCUCUAAAACAAAUUGCUGGGAUCAUUAAGAAAUUGAGAGAAAAGAAUCCGGCACUAAUUUAUGUAUGCGAUCCAGUAAUGGGAGACAACGGCCAAAUGUACGUCCCUGCAGAUAUACUACCCGUCUAUCGUGAUGUAGUUGUGCCUUUGGCGGAUAUUAUCACUCCGAACCAAUUUGAAGCCGAACUGAUGACAGGUCUCAAGGUCAAAGACUUGAAAGGGGCCCUGGAGGUGAUACAAGCGUUGCAUGAUAAGGGUGUGAAAACUGUUGUUCUGUCUAGUACAGAUUUGGGAGAUGACACGAAAAUGAUUGGUAUUGCUAGCACCAAAGGUGGUUCCUGUUACCAAAUUCAAAUACCAAAGAUGGACGCAACCUACACCGGCACCGGUGACCUAUUCGCCGCACUAUUCCUUGCUUGGUCGCAUAAAACUAAUAAUGACAUCAAAUUAACAUUGGAAAAGACUAUAGCAACGUUGCAGGGUAUCGUAAAAGAUACGUAUCAGAAAGCUAGAGCUCUCCAGCCAGAAGGCGAGAUCCCUAAAGCGCUAAUCGAGUUACGUCUAAUACAGAACAAGACCAUCAUCGAAAAUCCAGUCGUGGAAAUUAAAGCUGUAGAGAUCACGAUAAACUAAAAUACCUUACAUAAUUUUCCUGAAAAAUUAGUUAUACCCUUAAAAAACAGUGUUCACCGCAAGAAAAAAAUUUACGCCAAAAUUUAAAUAUCGCUCGUGGUCGACGGGACGAAAUGAGAUUUAUUUCUAAUUAAUGAAUUGGUACCUAUACACUGUGUAUACAUAACGCUUUUGCCAAAUAUAUUGAUACAUCUCUAAAAAAACAAUAAUUUUCGUGGUGUUACUCGCUCAUAAUAUUUUCUUUUCUACUUCAUGUGGCAUUUGAUUUUGUGAGAAAUAAAACAAUAGUUUAAAAUAAGUACUUAAUGCAUUAAUUGCAUUCGAAACAACAGUUACCGUAACCACUAAUUAACGGUGAUGUCACAUAUGCUCGUGCUAUUUUAUCAUACCAAUCUAUUGAUUGAUGAUAUAUAAAUAAGACAAUAAAAUGUAUUAUCUUAUUUUUAGAUUUACAUAUAGAAAUAUAGAACAACGUGCUUAUUUAUAGUCAAAUUAAGGCCCGGCUACACAUUCAAGUUGCAUUGCAAGUAAACUUGCGCAAGUCGAGUACACGAGUCUAUACAGGGUGUAAUUGUUAAGCAUGCUCAGGUAAUAAUUCCGUAGAUAUAAGAGAUAUCAAAAACCUUUAAACUGAUAUCGAAAGUAUGUUAUCUAAUGAGUAAAACGACAUCAAUUUUUUUUAAAUAAAACUAGAAAUAUCCAAAAUUUUAAAGUUUAACGCUUCUAUUCAUUUAAUAUGACAUUCAGAGAGACUUUAGUUUCCCUGCU